AUGGAAGGAAAUGAGACGUCUAUCACACAAUUCAUCCUACUGGGAUUUCCACUCAGUCCCCAGAUGCAGAUGCUCCUCUUUGCCCUCUUCUCCCUGUUUUACACCUUCACUCUGCUGGGAAAUGGCACUAUCUUGGGGCUUAUCUGCUUGGACUCCAGACUCCACACUCCUAUGUAUUUCUUCCUGUCCCAACUGGCUAUUGUUGACAUAGCCUAUGCCUGCAACACGGUGCCCCAGAUGCUGGUCAACCUCGUGGAUCCAGACAAGCCCAUCUCCUUUGCUGGUUGCAUGACACAGACCUUUCUCUUCUUGACUUUUGCACACACAGAAUGUCUCCUCCUGGUGGUGAUGUCCUAUGAUCGGUAUGUGGCCAUCUGCAACCCCCUCCGAUAUUCUGCCAUCAUGAGCUGGAGAGUUUGUAUUACCCUGGUGGUAACUUCCUGGAUUUUAGGAGUCCUCUUGGCCUUAGUCCAUUUAAUAUUACUUUUACCAUUACCUUUCUGUGGGUCUCAGAAAGUGAAUCAUUUUUUCUGUGAAAUUAUAGCUGUUCUCAAACUUACCUGUGCAGAUACCCACAUCAAUGAACUCAUGGUUUUGGCUGGUGCAGUGUCUGUGCUUGUGGGACCAUUUUCUUCAAUUGUGGUAUCUUAUGUUCAUAUUCUGUGUGCCAUCCUGAAGAUUCAGUCAGGGCAUGGGUGCCAGAAAGCCUUCUCCACCUGCUCCUCCCACCUCUGUGUGGUUGGACUUUUUUAUGGCACAGCCAUUGUCACGUAUAUUGGGCCUCAACAUGGGAAUUCCAAGGAGCAGAAGAAAUAUCUCCUGUUGUUUCACAGUCUUUUCAAUCCCAUGCUCAACCCGCUGAUCUAUAGUCUGAGGAACAAUGAGGUCAAAAGUGCUCUGAAGAGGGUGCUCAUAAAAGAGAGUGCUUCAUGA